AAGUUCAAGAACAAGGCUGAGUUUAGUACUGUGACAUACUUGAGCGGCUUCCUCUGUAAAGAAUACUCGCAAAUUUCUCUUAAGAACUGUUAGUUGUUGAAACACCAUUUGUCCAUUAUAUGAAGACAUUAAAUCACUAAUUGUCUAAUAAUUAGAACGAUAUAAUAAUACGGUGCUUAGUAGUUGGUGAUAAUGUUAAACUGAAGAUACAUUUCAAGUGACAUUCAUCAUCCUAAUAACAUUUUUCAAAAUACUAUGGAUAAAAAUAUAUGUUCAUGUUUGAUAGCUGUAAUUGUCUGUUAUGCUACUUAUACAUACGCAACGCAUGCAACGAAAUGCGAAGGGGCUUCCGGCUUAAAAUACCUCUGGGGUGACGCGCUGUCUGAUUCACACGAUUGCAUAGGUCCAAAUAAUUUACCCUAUCCAUCAUCGGCAAUUAACAGAUCGUUUCGAAGUACAAAUUUGUGGUCGGGAAGCUCGAGGACCGGUAGAUCACAGAAGACAAUUGACCCCUUUAUAACUAGAAAGGCACUUUUGUCGGCCUACGAGCUCAAUUCCGGCGUAGGAGAGCCGUCGACCAUUUCUCGGACAGCGAGAGCUGCUGGGACUACACAAACGUCUUGUUUUUCUACGCCAUCCCGUCUAUGUAAGACGCGAUAUAAUACAACUGCUCCACUGUAUGGAGUUUCUCUCACUUCAGGACAACCGGUUACCAUUGUGCAGAAGUUUCCAGAUCUUUUGCAACAGGUGGUGUUUGAGGUAUGCGAAAGUUCGGAAUGUGACGUGGUGAGAGGUGAAUGUACCCAAACCUAUGUACCAUAUCUAUUUUUGGUCAUUCCACUGGGACCAGUCACACUAACGGGCCAGGAUUAUGUAUUAGUGGAAAGCGGUUGUGUAUGUAGACCAAAGUACGCUUCUCACACAAAUCAAGAAGCCAACGCGAUGACUUCGAUACCUAGACUGUAAACAAUUAUUUCUGUACUAUAGUUUAUCUUGAAGUUGGAAUAAUGUGUCAUGGUCUAAAAGUGCUAAUAUUGUUUUAAUUGUCUGUUGUAAUGUAUAUAAUUUUAAGUUUAGUGAUUGAUAUUUCUAUGUAUUUAGGUAUUUAUUAAUAAAUAUUGGAUAAUUUUGUAA